AUGGUACAAGCAUUGGUGAAAAACUUGGCAGACAGCUGCACUUCUCCAAUCCUUGUGGCAAUUGACUACUCACGAAUUGCCAGCGGUGACUGCUAUGCAUGGGAAUUUUGUGGUGAACAAAAGGAGAUGCGUUCUGUUGGCAUCAGCUGGGUGACUCAGUCCAAAGACAGAACGCAAAGACUGAACUACAACCUGUGCUGGAUUGAUGACGUUGGGAGUUCUCAUGUGGAGAAUGCAACCAAACAGAUUGUCACUGCAGUCAUCAGUAAAGUCUGUGGACAAGGAAGCAGUUCUCAAGCACCGGACCCUGCUAAGCAACCCUACCAGAAGCUUUUGGUACCAGCAGAUGGUUUUUGCGGAUGGCAUGCGCUCAUCGCAUGCAAGGCUGAAAACUGUUUUGAUAUUGAUAAAUUCAAGAAGAUCAACCGCAAGCCUUCUGGCUACGCAUCUCACCUCAAAAUGGUCAAGAAUGAAGAGGAAGCAGCGCAUGAACUUCACCUUGAGGUCUGUGAGACGGCCCUGCAAGUCUGUGAUGAAGUGUGGCACGGGGCUGUCUAUGUUGGACUCCAUGAUGGAAAAGCUUUGGAUGCUGUCUAUGGUUCUGGUGAACCUUGUGUUCACUUGAUGUUUGCCUUUGACAAGGCAGUAUCCCCUCAGCACUCCGCCAAGAGCAAGGAGAUACUUCAAGUGAUGGGCAUUGAUUUUGUGAAGAGCAUUCCAGACCAAAUAGAGAGUACAGAAGCAGAGACAUCCAUCGAGCAAACAUCACUUGAUGAGUUCUGCCGCUUUUCACCUUUCAAGAACCAGGUCAAGCACUUAGAACAUGACCAGCCUGGCACUCCACCUGCAGAAGAAGUGGAUGAUGAACGCCUUGGCACUCCAGCACAAGCACCCGAGCAGCCUGCACAACAAGCAGCAUCACCGGGCAAUGAACAAGGAGCUAGUGAGGUCAAGCACUUAGAACAUGACCAGAAUGGCACUCCACCUGCAGAAGAAGUGGAUGAUGAACGCCGUGGCACUCCAGCACAAGCACCCGAGCAGCCGGCACAACAAGCACUACCAGCAAAGGAACAAAUACUUAGCACAUCACCGCAAGCAUCAGCACCAAUGGCAGACCAGCACCAAGACAUGCCAGGAGCUAGUGAGCGCAAGCACUUAGAACAUGACCAGCCUUGCAUUCCACCACACACAUCCAAGCAGUCAGCACGACCCGCAGAACAAGUGGUGGACGAACAUCUUAGUGCAGCCAGAGGUAAAGGCAAGGGGCAGGGAAACAAAAGACAGUUUGCAGCAAAUGGCUCAACGGACAUUGUGGGACCAGAAUUUAAGAAGAACAAAACUGCCUUCUUGGUGCCCAAUGAACAAUGCCGUGCAUGCGACAGUAACCAGGAAGAGUCUAUGGACUCUAAAAAUGAAGAAAGCAGUGAGCAGCCGAAGAGCAGCAGCCAUGAGGACCUAUCACACACAACAAGCAGGCAGAGCAGCAAUGACAGCCUGCAACUACCAGAGGCUUCAGGCAGUCAGCCGCAGCGGAGCAGCAGCGGUGAAGAUGACGAGACAAUGGUGAAGUGCAUGAUGCUCACCAAUGAUCAUUGGGAGCAAUGGCUUCACUCGGGAGGAAAGUGGUUGCUGCGCACCUAUGCUAUUUCCAAGCUUCCGCACACCCUCCAUAUCAUCGUGAGCGUGAAGGGUGGUCAACAAUUCUUGUAUGUCGGCAGUAUUGUGAUCGUUGAUUGCCUAGAGGUGGUCUACAACAAUCAGAUUCAAACGUACGCCAUGAAUGUGGAUGAGAAGAAGCUUUGGUACAGCAAAAGGAAGCAACAUCCAGACUGCAAAAUAUACGUCUUGCAGAACUUGGCACCAACGGUUAUGUUCUAUGAGAAUGUCAAGACAGCCUUGAAGUGGGCGCCGGAUGGAUUCAAAGGCAAGCAAAGGGCUUUUCUUCCACAGGUGUUCCAGCAGGUGGUGGAGUCUAUGACAAUGGAGAGGAUAGAAUUGGGUGAGGAAGUUUCCAUGGUCUAUGUGAAGAACCUGAUUUUGUAUCUCGCAGAUGUAUGGAACGACAGCAUCGCCUCAAUCCGUUCUUUGUUGGAGACCAAAGGUCUAGACUUUUUGAAAGAGCGUGACCAGGAAUUGGCAAAUAUGAGUCCAAAGGAGGUGGAGCAGGCGUGCAAGAAGAUGCUUGAUCAAGCCACAGAGAUCAUGCGGCCGAUCCACUUGACGGAGACGGAUGGAGCUGUAUUGUGCAGGAUGGAGGAGCUGCAGUUCAACGUUCAAGGUUACUGUAGCUUGCAGGAGAUUGCUGAGUGGCUCUUCGAUGGACUCUUUGGUUGA